GUUUUGUGUCAGUUGUUCGAGCGCAAGACGGAGGCAGUAACUCGAAGUCGAUUAUCACCCCAAAUCCUGUCAAACAGCUCUUCCAGACAUUGACUUAGGUUGCGAGUGCAAGAAGGCUGUAACUCGAAGUCGAUUAUCAUUCGAAAGACAUAUUUUGUUCAACGGCAGUUCUUCAAGACAACUAUAGAAUACAAUGAAGACUUACUUAGUACUGUGUCUCUGCUUGUCGGCACUGGCGUAUGUAGGAUUUUGUGAGACGCAAGUUUGCACAACUGGAAGUGGGACUGAAAUCCAGCAGACAACAAGCUGGUUUGCUAAUGAACAAUCGAUCUUGGUUGAGCAAUUGUUGGAUGGAAUACCAGUGGUACCCCUUGUUAAGGUUGUGCAUGACUACAACAAUGACCGGACAUAUUUUCGUCGUUUCAGUACCAGUGAGUGUUUCGCAACAACAACACACUUAGAUCUAAAUCCAGGAUACAUUUAUGAAAUCGAUGUCACCGAUGAUUCAAUUAGCCCACCACCUACUUCUGCGGCUUACAGUAUGUGUAUGGAUCUAACCAUUCCUGUUGCUGGUACAGUUGAGCUACCGAUAAGCGGUGAUGCACCUUCCGGUGCACCAUAUUAUUAUUUUUGUGACGAUUACGUAUUUCACUUCAUCUAGAACUCUGAUGGGUGAUGUGCCGAAUUGCCAUCUUAACUAAUAAUCAGAUAUUGAUGAUAAGCAUGAAGUAAUAAUAUUAUAUCUCUAAGAAUAUUCAUGAAAUGUUAAAAUGAAUAAUACACAGAUUUGCAACAACAUAGAACUCUGCAGAUAAAAAGGAAUUUGUCUAGCAAACAACAUGUUUUUAAAGUUUAAAGUUAUAAACUGUAUUAUGUAUACAUAUAUAUAUAUAUAUAUAUAUAUAUAUAUACACAUAUAUAUACAUAUAUAUAGUAUAAUUUUCAUUAUAAUAUUGCUUAGUAUAAUUUUAAUUAAUUUUUUUCAUAGCUGCUUCCUCUUCUUGUUUUUAGUUAUACCUUAUGUUUAGCUAAUACAUUACCCAUGGAUGAAUUAAUUCCACCAUGCAUUAACUAUAGUAAUGCUUUCCCACAGUCCAUCACUUGGUCAUUCAUUGUUCACCCUUAUCACUGUUUAUUUGUACAUAUACCAAUAAUCCUUUAGAGUAUGCCGACUUGCUUUUGACUUAAAUACUGUAUUGUUUUU